AUGACAAAGUGCAAUUUGUCCAUACCUAUAUUCUAUUCAUACCUAUCUCUCACGUACUCUCUCAAUUUUUCUCUCUCUCUUUCUAUCUAUCUAUCUAGUUAUCUAUCUCAGUCUGUUCAUGUCUAUCUCAAUCUCUUUCUCUCUCUUUCUAUCCCAGGCUAUUUAACCCAUACUCUCUCUCUAUCCCAGUCUGCUCAUACCUAUCUAUAUAUCUCAGCCUGUUCCCAUCUAUCUAUCUAUCUAUCUAUCUAUCUAUCUAUCUAUCCGAGUCUGUUCAUAUCUAUCUAUCUAACUAUCCGAGUCUGUUCAUAUCUAUCUAUCUAUCUAUCUGAGUCUGUUCAUAUCUUCAUCUAUCUAUCUAUCUAUCUAUCUAUCUAUCUAUCCGAGUCUGUUCAUAUUCAUUCAUCUAUCUAUCUGAGUCUGUUCAUUCAUCUAUCUAUCUAUCUAUCUAUCUAUCUAUCUAUCUAUCUAUCUAUCCGAGUCUGUUCAUAUCUAUCCGAGUCUGUUCAUAUCUAUCUAUCUAUCUAUCCGAGUCUGUUCAUAUCUAUCUAUCUAUCUAUCUAUCUAUCUAUCUAUCUAUCUAUCCGAGUCUGUUCAUAUCUAUCUAUCUAUCUAUCUAUCUAUCUAUCUAUCUAUCUAUCUAUCUAUCCGAGUCUGUUCAUAUCUAUCUAUCUAUCUAUCUAUCUAUCUAUCUAUCUAUCCGAGUCUGUUCAUAUCUAUCUAUCUAUCUAUCUAUCUAUCUAUCUAUCUAUCUAUCUAUCCGAGUCUGUUCAUAUCUAUCCGAGUCUGUUCAUAUCUAUCUAUCUAUCUAUCCGAGUCUGUUCAUAUCUAUCCGAGUCUGUUCAUAUCUAUCUAUCUAUCUAUCCGAGUCUGUUCAUAUCUAUCUAUCUAUCUAUCUAUCUAUCUAUCUAUCCCGAGUCUGUUCAUAUCUAUCCGAGUCUAUCAUCUAUCUAUCUAUCUAUCCGAGUCUGUCAUAUCUAUCUAGUCUAUCUAUCUAUCUAUCCGAGUCUGUUCAUAUCUAUCUAUCUAUCUCUAUCUAUCUAUCUAUCUAUCUAUCUAUCUAUCCGAGUCUGUUCAUAUCUAUCCGAGUCUGUUCAUAUUCUAUCUAUCUCUCUAUCUAUCUAUCCGAGUCUGUUCAUAUUCAUCCAUCUGUUCUAUCUAUCUAUCUAUCUAUCCCGAGUCUGUUCAUAUCUAUCCGAUCUAUCUUCAUCUAUCUAUCUAUCUAUCUAUCCGAGUCUGUUCAUUCAUCUAUCUAUCUAUCUAUCUAUCUAUCUAUCUAUCUAUCUAUCUAUCCGAGUCUGUUCAUAUCUUCAUCUAUCUAUCUAUCUAUCUAUCUAUCUAUCUAUCUAUCCGAUCUGUUCAUAUCUAUCUAUCUAUCUAUCUAUCUAUCUAUCUAUCUAUCCGAGUCUGUUCAUUCAUUCAUCUAUCUAUCAUCUAUCUAUCUAUCUAUCUAUCCGAGUCUGUUCAUAUCUAUCUAUCUAUCUAUCUAUCUAUCUAUCUAUCAUCUAUCUAUCUAUCUAUCCGAGUCUGUUCACAUCUAUCUAUCCGAGUCUGUUCAUAUCUAUCUAUCUAUCUAUCUAUCUAUCUAUCAAUCUAUCCGAGUCUGUCUAUAUCAUCUAUCUGAGUCUGUUCAUAUCUAUCUAUCUAUCUAUCUAUCUAUCUAUCUAUCUAUCUAUCUAUCAUAUCUAUCUAUCUGAGUCUGUUCAUAUCUCAUCUAUCUAUCUAUCUAUCUAUCUAUCUAUCUAUCUAUCCGAGUCUGUUCACAUCUAUCUAUCCGAGUCUGUUCAUAUCAUCUAUCUAUCUAUCUAUCUAUCUAUCUAUCUAUCUAUCUAUCUAUCUAUCUAUCUAUCUGUUCAUAUUCAUCUAUCUGAGUCUAUUCCAUUCAUCUAUCUGAUCUUCUAUCUAUCUAUCUAUCUAUCUAUCUGUUCAUAUUUCAUCUAUCUAUCUAUCUUCUGUUCAUAUUCAUCUAUCUAUCUAUCUAUCUAUCUAUCUAUCUAUCUAUCUAUCUAUCUGAGUCUGUUCAUAUCUAUCUAUCUAUCUAUCUAUCUAUCUAUCUAUAUCUAUCUGAGUCUGUUCAUAUCUAUCUAUCUAUCUGAGUCUUCUGUUCAUAUCUAUCUAUCUAUGUAUCUCUCUCUCUCUCUAUAUAUAUAUAUAUAUAUCUGUCUGUUCAUAUCUAUCUAUCUAUCUAUCUAUCUAUCUAUCUAUCUAUCUAUCUAUCUCACUCUGAAAAUCAGCAAUCAACCAUGGAUCGGGGAUAAAAAAAACCAUGCUUUAACAAAGUCAGAACGAAAGCGACCUCCAUCAAACAAACGUCUACCAAAACCUUUAAAUGAAGAAGUCAUUCUGUCUGUUACCAAAUGCACUUCACUGAUGCAGGUAACAAGCAUCCAUUUGAAGAAUUUGAAUGGUUUUACUUUGACCACAUUGGGACAGUGCCUGAACCUUGAAUAUUUAUCUGUCAAUAAUUGUCAACUGUUAAUACUUGACGGUCUUCAGAUAUGUUCACAAGUGAAUCUAUUCAUACCUAUCUGUCUCAGUCUGUUCAUAUCUAACUAUCUCAUUCUGUUCAUUAUCUAUCUAUCUAUCUAUCUAUCUAUCUAUCUCAUUCUGUUCAUUAUCUAUCUAUCUAUCUCUAUCAGUUGGUUCAUAUCUAUCUUUCUCAGUCUCUUCAUAUCUAUCUAUCUUUCUCAGUCUGUUCAUAUCUAUCUAUCUCAGUCUGUUCAUAUCUAUCUUUCUCAGUCUAUUCAUAUCUAUCUAUCUAUCUCAGUCUGUUCAUAUCUAUCUUUCUCAGUCUAUUCAUAUCUAUCUAUCUAUCUAUCUAUCUAUCUAUCUAUCUAG